GUUCUCACUCACUGGAUGAUCAGGAGGACCGGAGAGACUCAGGCUGAGAGCGGAUUGAUCUGUGAUGGGAUCAGUCACUUCAUGAACGCAGAGACGGGCUGCAGCAACAUUUUCUUAUGAAAGGAAAAGAGAUGCUCUGCUUACGUGACUCGGGUGACUGCUUGAGAGAGCAGAUGCGAUACAUGAUGAGAUCCCUGCAAGACCUGAAGCAACUGCGGAAAAGCUGCCCCGCAGCCAGGCACCCCCUCGCCCCACUUGGACCCCAGCUUCCCGCUUUGGCGCGUCACUCUGCAGUGGCGCGUGCAUGUCAGCAGCGGGCUUUGCAAAGAGAACAGCGCGUGCGUCAGCGGAUAUCUGAUGCCAGCAGCGCAAGUACCUACGACUCUGCCUGCUGCCUAGCGAGCCCCCUGGAGGAGGAGGAUGAGGAGGACGGCACCAGCAGCCGGCUGGGCCUGCGGAGUCCCAGCAGUCAGAAGAGCUUGGAGUGUGAUUCCGGCUACUCUGAGGCAUCCUGGAAAGAUGACGGGAUUGUUCUCAGGAGGACUAGAAAUGUGCGGGUGUCAUCCUCAGCUUGUGCACGCAUGAACCGGGGGCAGAGUGGACGCAUUCGACCCAAGUCCACAUCUGAUGCCUGCCUGGAAACGUGGACAUCAUUUGAAGUCAGCGACCAAGAGGACUGGACAAACUCUUUGCUGACCAGAGGACGCAACCGCCAACCUCUGGUCCUCGGGGACAAUAGCUUUGCAGACCUCAUACAGAACUGGAUGGAUUUGCCCGACUGUUCCGAGCCCGCAGAGCUGAAGCAAAGUUCAGGACAACGGCAGGGAAGAGGUUUCUUUGUGAACAUGAGGAGAAAACUCUUUGGCUUUUCUAAGAAUGUGGAGAGCAGAGUGCGGAUGAGAUCCAAAGACUCUUCUGGUGUCAACAGAACCGCCAAUGCUCCAAAUCGCCUGUCCUGCCCCGUUGUGGCAUCACAGGGCAAGGUGCCCUUUUUCCACCAGUCUCACUCAGGCAUUCAUCAGCUGGAUACAGACUUCUACCGCUUCACCACUGUCAUGAAGUCAGGCUGCCGGCAGCCCAUAAUAUGCAAAGAUAUCAUUGGCUACGUCUGACCCAACGACACAUGCAGGAAGCAGACUGAAGAAUCUCCAGGAACUUUAUUUUUAUAAGACUCCCUUUUUAUAUGCAUAUAGUACAAUGUUGGAAAUAGAAAUGUUCUCAUAAUUAACACUAUAUAUGCCGUGGCUUUUAUAUAUUUUGUAUAAAUAUUUCAAAAUGUAAAACUGACUGAUCUUAUCUGAGGAAGCAGUUGUUCCUCACUGAAGGACUGAUUAAAGGAAGUUUGUACUGAA